GAGGGGGUCCCCCCAGCUCUGCGGAGCCGCAUGAACAAUAGGCGGCGGCGGCUCCUGCGGGCGGCGGCAGCCCCGCACCCUAUGGAUCGGCCGCUCCAUGGAGCCCUCCAGAGCGCUUCUCGGCUGCCUAGCGAGCGCCGCCGCCGCCGCCCCGCCGGGNGAGGAGGAGGAGGAGGAGGCGGCGGUCCCCCGGGAGCUGGGCGCCGACGCGCCGCUGCCCUACUGGACCGCCGUGUUCGAGUACGAGGCGGCGGGCGAGGACGAGCUGACCCUGCGGCUGGGCGACGUGGUGGAGGUGCUGUCCAAGGACUCGCAGGUGUCCGGCGACGAGGGCUGGUGGACCGGGCAGCUGAACCAGCGGGUGGGCAUCUUCCCCAGCAACUACGUGACCCCGCGCAGCGCCUUCUCCAGCCGCUGCCAGCCCGGCGGCGAGGACCCCAGUUGCUACCCGCCCAUUCAGCUGUUAGAGAUUGACUUUGCGGAGCUAACCCUGGAAGAGAUUAUCGGCAUUGGGGGCUUUGGGAAGGUCUAUCGUGCUUUCUGGAUAGGGGAUGAAGUCGCCGUGAAAGCUGCUCGCCAUGACCCUGAUGAAGACAUCAGCCAGACCAUAGAGAAUGUUCGCCAGGAGGCCAAGCUCUUCGCCAUGCUGAAGCACCCCAACAUCAUUGCUCUUAAGGGAGUGUGUCUGAAGGAACCCAACCUCUGCUUGGUCAUGGAGUUUGCUCGUGGAGGACCGUUGAAUAGAGUGUUAUCUGGGAAAAGGAUUCCCCCAGACAUCCUGGUUAACUGGGCCGUGCAGAUCGCCAGAGGGAUGAACUACUUACAUGCUGAGGCGAUUGUCCCCAUCAUCCACCGAGACCUCAAGUCCAGCAACAUAUUAAUCCUCCAGAAGGUGGAGAAUGGAGACCUGAGCAACAAGAUUCUGAAGAUCACUGAUUUUGGCCUGGCUCGGGAAUGGCACCGAACCACCAAGAUGAGUGCGGCAGGGACAUAUGCUUGGAUGGCACCCGAAGUCAUUCGUGCCUCCAUGUUUUCCAAAGGCAGCGAUGUGUGGAGCUAUGGGGUGCUGCUUUGGGAGCUACUGACUGGUGAGGUGCCCUUCCGAGGAAUCGAUGGCUUGGCAGUCGCUUAUGGAGUGGCCAUGAACAAGCUCGCCCUCCCCAUCCCUUCUACAUGCCCAGAGCCUUUUGCCAAACUCAUGGAAGAUUGCUGGAAUCCCGACCCCCAUUCACGACCACCCUUCACAAAUAUCCUGGACCAGCUAACUACCAUAGAGGAGUCUGGUUUCUUUGAAAUGCCCAAGGACUCCUUCCACUGCCUGCAGGAUGACUGGAAACAUGAGAUUCAGGAGAUGUUUGACCAACUCAGGGCCAAAGAAAAGGAGCUCCGCACCUGGGAGGAGGAGCUGACGCGGGCCGCGCUCCAGCAGAAGAACCAGGAGGAGCUGCUGCGGCGCCGGGAGCAGGAGCUGGCCGAGCGGGAGAUCGACAUCCUGGAGCGAGAGCUCAACAUCAUCAUCCACCAGCUGUGCCAGGAGAAGCCCCGCGUGAAGAAGCGCAAGGGCAAGUUCAGGAAGAAUCGGCUGAAGCUCAAGGACGGGAACCGCAUCAGCCUCCCUUCGGAUUUCCAGCACAAGUUCACGGUGCAGGCUUCCCCCACCAUGGAUAAAAGGAAGAGUCUCAUCAACAGCCGCUCCAGCCCUCCCGCAAGCCCUACCAUCAUUCCUCGCCUUCGAGCCAUCCAGUUGACACCAGGUGAAAGCAGCAAAACCUGGGGCCGGAGCUCAGUCAUCCCAAAGGAGGAAGGAGAGGAGGAGGAGAAGAGGGCUUCCAAGAAGAAGGGACGGACCUGGGGGCCAGGCACACUUGGUCAGAAGGAGCUCUCCUCAGGAGAUGAAGGCCUCAAGUCCCUGGUAGAUGGAUACAAACAAUGGUCGUCCAGUGCCCCCAACCUGGGGAAGGGCCCGAGGAGUAGCCCGGCCCUGCCAGGGUUCACCAGCCUUACAGAGAUGGAAGAUGAAGAUAGCGAAGGCCCAGCGAGUGGGGAGAGUCGUCUCCAGCAGUCACCCAGCCAGUCCUACCUCUGUAUCCCAUUCCCUCGUGGAGAGGAUGGGGAUGGCCCCUCCAGUGACGGAGCCCACGAGGAGCCCACCCCAGUCAACUCAGCCACCAGUACCCCUCAGCUGACGCCAACCAACAGCCUCAAGCGGGGCGGCACCCACCACCGCCGCUGCGAGGUGGCUCUGCUUGGCUGUGGGGCUGUUCUCGCAGCCACAGGCCUAGGGUUUGACCUGCUGGAAGCUGGCAAGUGCCAGCUGCCUCUCCCGGAGGAGCCUGAGCCACCAGCUCGGGAGGAGAAGAAGAGGCGGGAGGGUCUAUUCCAGAGGGCAGGUCGCCCUCGUCGCAGCACCAGCCCCCCGUCCCGAAAGCUCUUCAAGAAGGAAGAUCCCAUGCUGCUGCUGGGAGACCCCUCUGCCUCCCUGACACUGCUGUCCCUCUCCUCCAUCUCCGAGUGCAACUCCACCCGCUCCCUGCUGCGUUCAGACAGCGAUGAGAUUGUGGUAUAUGAGAUGCCUGUUAGCCCUGUGGAGGCCCCUCCGCUAACCCCCUGCACCCACAACCCCUUGGUCAACAUCCGAGUGGAGCGCUUCAAACGAGACCCUAACCAAUCUCUGACUCCCACCCACGUCACCCUUACGGCCCCCACGCAGCCCAGUGGUCACCGGCGGACUCCUUCUGAUGGGGCCCUCAAGCCAGCGGCUCUCCUAGGCAGCCGGAGCUCCUCUAGCAAUGGCUUGAGCCCCAGCCCUGGAGCAGGAAUGUUGAAAACCCCCAGCCCCAGCCGAGACCCAGGUGAAUUCCCCCGUCUCCCUGACCCCAAUGUAGUCUUUCCCCCAACCCCAAGGCGCUGGAACACACAGCAGGACUCUACCUUGGAGAGACCCAAGACCCUGGAGUUUCUGCCUCGGCCACGUCCUUCUGCCAACCGGCAACGGCUGGACCCUUGGUGGUUUGUGUCCCCCAGCCAUGCCCGUAGCGCCUCCCCGGCCAACAGCUCCAGCACAGAGACACCCAGCAACCUGGACUCCUGCUUUGCUAGCAGCAGCAGCACUGUGGAGGAGCGGCCUGGACUUCCAGCCCUGCUCCCAUUCCAGGAGGGGGCGCUGCCCCCCGCCGAGCGGACGCUUCUGGACCUGGAUGCAGAGGGCCAGAGUCAGGACAGCACUGUGCCACUGUGUAGAGCUGAACUGAACACACACAGGCCUGCCCCUUAUGAGAUCCAGCAAGAAUUCUGGUCUUAGCAUGAAAAGGGUCAGGGGUGGGCAAGGGGGAAGCAAGAGGAGAUGGGGAGCUGGCUGGCACAGCCCGUCCUCAGAGUUGGACCCCCUGAGAUCCAGUCCUACUUCUUGCACUGAUAAUGCACUUUGAAGAUGGAAGGGGUGGGAGCAGAGCCACUUCAGAGGGUCUCUGGCCCUGCAGGGCCUUUUACCCAUGUCCACUGGAGGGGCUGUGGCUAUCAGCUCUGGCUGUGUAGGGGAGGAGGGGUGCGUGCAUGUCCCCCACCCCCCACAGUCUUCCUUGCCUUUAGGGUGACCCUGCAGCGUCACUCAGCCAAAUCUGUCUGCUGCUCCCCCUCCUCAGCUGCCUGGGGUCCCUCUGUUAGCCGAGUUCAGCACCCCAAACGGUGUUCUGUGAUUGGCUUUGUCCCUCUUCCACAAUCUUCCCCAACACCCGUGAGUCAGAAUCUUGUUUGAUGUGAGAGAUGAGCUUUUUGUGCCCUAAGCCCUUUCAUGCCAGCUGGAGGACUGAGGCAAGGUGCCCCAGGGCGGGGCAGGGGAGUCCAUGGGCCUGGCACUACCUUCCUGCACUUCCAGGUCCCCCACUUGUUUAUUUGAGCCCACCAGUGGUAGGGGGAGCUGCCUCGGUGAGAAUUGGGGAGGGGAGGAAGUGAGGAAGAAUACAGCCCAGGUGCGGUAAAGAGGGUAAGAGUCUGUCUGUCCUUGUUCCCUUUGGGAAAACUCAAAGAAGGGACGAGACCAGCUCCUGUUGACAGCACCCAUCUCCCACCUGGGGCCAGACGUGGUUAGACCAGGUUCUGAUACAAAAUAUGCUCAUCCCAUGAUUAAAUUUCUUGGGAUGCCAGAGACAGGGCUCCUCAGUUUCUCCCUUUUGUUGUCUGACCUUUAUGUGUUAUUCCCUUCCCCUGAGCUUUCCUCCAGCCCCUGGAAAUAGUGGACUUUGGGUUACAUAUUUGGCUGGUAGAUAUCUCUGCCUUGCACUGGAAUAGCAUAUGGGGUUGGGGUGGGGUGUCCAGGACAUGGAGUGGGAACUGGGCAAGGGUGUUCCUUCCCAGCCAGACUGUCCAUUCUGUGAUGCCCUUGAAGCAAAAGGGAGCCAUUAGUAGUAUGUCCUAUAAGUGGACGUAGUAAGGCGACGACUGUCGGCUGCUGAGUGAGCCUCUGACACACUGUAACCUCUAAGUCCCAAGCACUGGAGACUCACCAAGGCCUCUUGUUUCUGUGCACAGAUGGCCCCUAGCGCUGGGCUCUGGACCCCGAGCUAGGGAGGAAUAACAAUAGUGGCCAGCCCUGACUUUUCUGGAAUUUGUUUCCUUGACUUGAAUGUUGAACUUCUUCUGGAGCUUUCUCGUGGCCAUCUUCACUGUUCCACUGGCUCUGAGGCCUCCUGUGUCAGUGCACAUAGUUGUCUGUGUGGGAGCGACAGCUUGAUUGGGAGUAGAGUCCUUAGGUCCUGCUCUGCCCUUCGAGGCGCUAAGCGGGGCUCCACUGUCUUUUGUCCUGAAUAUUCCUCUGGGGACGCUGGAGGCCAGCCUGCAGGUUCCUUGCUCUCACUGCCUGAAUGCCAGAAACGGGGAGAGCGGU